AUGCGCAUCCUCCUUGCGCUGGUCCCGUGCGCACUGGGAGAAAUUGCCCUCUCCAACGAGUGGCGCAGGCAGCACUGCGUCGGCGACAUGCGCACCCGAAGUUUGGUGGUAGCGACGGCGACGGACUCGCCCAAUUUACUCCCUAUCCUGGCGGUCAUCAACUCGACGCUCACGCACGCCGUUGACGGCGACGUUUCUCACGUCGUCAUCACGCGGCACGUCCGACGCCUGCACGCGGCGGUCGCCAAGUUCACGCCGACGGCGCAGGUGACGAUCUGCGGCGGUUUUUCCGAUUUAUUGACCCAAAGGCCACCUCUCGACAAAUUGCAAAGGUUGGCAGAUACUCAGAGGGUUAGAAGGAAGGAAUUACUAUCACCGUUCAACUUCGCGGCGUUCUACUUACCGUACGUGCUGCGAGAAGCCUCUCGCGUGUUGUACUUGGAUACCGAUGCGGUCGUGGAAGCGGACGUAACUAUGUUACGCUCAUUGGACAUGGGCGGAGCGCCCGCCGCGGCGGUGGAGGACUGCACGCAGAAGGUGCAUAAGUACGUGAACUACGAGCUGCUCGAGGAGAAGGACCACCACAAGCUGGGCGGGGAAAAGCACUGGUCUCGGUUCGGGUUGAGCGAUGCCGCGUACUCCAACGAGACUUGCGUGUUCAACCGAGGUGUCGUUUUGUUCGAUUCGGCGCGAUGGAGGGAAUUACGCUUGACGGAGACCAUCGAGGAUCUGGUUGACGCGUUUGUGAGUACAAGGGCGAAGUUAUGGAGAGGAGGGAUCUCGCAGCCUCCGUUCUUGUUGACGCUGGCCGGAAGAUACUUAAAGUUAGGCGUGGAGUGGAACGUGCGCGGUUUGGGAAGGUUGGAGCUGGGUAGAGCCGAGUGGAUGUUAUUAGCGCAAGGCGCUCAGGAAAGAUACGGCACGCCGGGCCUCGACGCCCACACGGCCCCCGCGGGGCCCUUCCGCCACACGUUCAACCCCUACGUGUCGCCCUUCGCGGCGCACGCGAAGAUUUUGCACUUCAACGGCGACGUGAGAGCGCGGCGUCCCGUGUGAAGCUUCGACGUGAUAGUACGCUGUCGCGGCGAUGGCGUCGCGGCGGGCGUACAGCUAUUCCCGUCGACUCAUCGAUCGAAGGACGCCCCGUGAAGACACGUGAUGCUUCGUGAGACGAACAUAGCUUCGCGUCGACGGCGCAGGGAGGGGUCUCACACACAGGUCAAGCCCUGGAUGCUCUCCAAACAGGACGCAGAAAACUGGCGGCGAUUAGGUAUUGAGGUGUCCACCACGGAAGACACGACACGCCACAUCACCGGCGUCUGCAAACUCGCGGCCUGCCCGACGGCCGUCAACGUGACGACUGGGAGACGCCUACGGUCCAAGUGCGAGACCUGGACGUCGUCCGAGGACGUCGAUGGGCGGGUCCGCUACGACCAGCAGCGUAGAAGCUUGAGCGGCGAGCGCUGGACGGCGAAGACUCUAAAAACCUUCGGGGCCUACUACGGCCACGCCUGCGUCGCGCGGGCGCCCCUCUGCACGUGCCGCUCGGACAUGUCCGACGACUGCGUCACCUCGUGCGCGGCGCUCUGGCACCGCUACGUCUCGGAAGAGUUGUCCCAGAGCUUCGCGGCGUCCGACGUCGCCUGGGCCAACGACUCGAUCGCGUCGACGCCGCACCACCUUAGGGCGCUGUCGGAUUCGCGGCGGCUUACAGAAGUACAAUGGUGGCUCUGACGACGCCGUGCUCGUGGGGCAGUGUCCUACUACGCCGUCGCCGCGACCCGGGAACGCACCAUCAGACGCGAUAGUUAUUAAUCACAAUGUUGUUA